AUGGGCAAAGUAAACUCCAAAUCCAUUCGUUAUCCUCCAUCUCCCACAUCUCCUUCCAAAAAAUCAAAACGUUCACGUCAAAAAUCUAAUGCUAGUUCUACUACAUCUCAAGAAUCCAAUUCUUCAUUCAAAAGAUCGUCUGAUAAUAUUAAUCAACAACAAUGUCCAUCACCUGCAUCGUCACAAGAAAGUUUCUUUUCACCAUGUCGUUCGAUGGAUUUCGAUAUAUAUGAAUAUAUUGGAGAUAGAAAGCAUUGUAAUAAUAAAGAUUGGGAACGUGCCAUAAAAGAAGUUGUUAGAGUAACAAAACCUGGUGGAUGGGUUGAAAUUAUGGAAAAAGAUCUUUAUUGGUACAACGAAGGACCUUUUUGUAAAGCUGCUCGAACUGCUGUCGCUGAAGCAUUACGAGAAACCAAAAACAUGGAAAUAAUUUUAUCCCCAAUUAUACCCCCCAUAUUAUCUUCUAUAUCGAAUCUUGAAUCCAAUAUAAAUCAUGAAGAACGUAAUGUACCAUUUGGUGAAUGGGGUGGAAAAUUAGGUACAAUAUAUAAAGAUUUAUAUACUUGGGGUGCCAAAAAUUUGAAAACAUUUAUGACAGGUAUUGGAUUUAAUGAAGAAGAAUGGGAUGAAACUGUUGAUAUUUGUAUGAAACAAUUAAAUGAUAGAAAAGGAUUUGAUAAAAUUCAUAGAUUUUGGGCGAUGAAGAAAUUAGAACCUUAA